AGGCUGAGACCACUGGUAUCCAAGUCAGUCUGCGUCGAUCGUACAGAGAGUGUGCACGACACUUGACAGUUGAUCUUACUAAAAAUCUGUGGCAUAAUCUCCGUUUUCAAGUAGCCAUCCGCUGGUAUUGUACCAGACACAAGUUAAAAAGAUGGCAAACCCAAACAAUCCAUUUCAACCAAAACACAAACCACCUACAGUUUCAUGCUACGCUCAUCCAUAUGCACCUCUGAUAGAAGAUUACCGAGCAGGAGAUCAGAUAUGCUCAGACUGUGGAUUAGUUGUUGGUGAUCGAGUAAUUGAUGUAGGUUCUGAAUGGAGAACUUUCAGUAAUGAAAAGAGCGGAAUCGACCCAUCCCGUGUAGGAGGUCCUGAAAAUCCAUUAUUAAAUGGCGCUGAUUUAUCGACCAUAAUUGGUCCUGCCACAGGAGCUGCAUCCUUUGAUGCCCUUGGAGUUGCGAAGUAUCAGAACCGUAGAACUAUAAGUUCUUCUGAUAGAACAUUGUUAGCCGCUGUUCGUGAAAUUAAUGCAAUGGCUGAUCGCAUUAAUCUUCCAAAAACAAUUAUUGACAGAGCCAAUAAUCUGUUCAAGAAAAUUCAUGACAGCAAAGUAUUAAAGGGCAGAGCUAAUGAUGCAAUUUCCUCGGCUUGUUUGUAUAUUGCUUGUAGACAAGAAGGAGUACCUCGCACAUUCAAAGAAAUUUGUGCAGUAAGUAAAAUAAGUAAAAAAGAAAUUGGGCGAUGCUUCAAACUCAUUCUGAAUACACUUGAAACCAAAGUUGAAGUUAUUACAACUGGAGAUUUUAUGUCAAGAUUUUGUGCAAAUUUGGGAUUGCCCAAUACUGUACAGCGUGCUGCAACUAUGAUUGCCAGGCAGGCCACAGAAAGAGAUUAUGUUCCUGGACGAUCACCCAUAUCUGUGACAGCUGCAGCAAUAUAUAUGGCCUCUCAGGCAUCUGCAGAUAAAAAGACUUACAAAGAAAUAGGUGAUAUUGCUGGAGUAGCAGACGUAACUAUUAGACAAGCCUAUAAGCUCAUGCUUCCACAUGCAGCUCAAUUGUUCCCACAGGAUUUCAAAUUUGUAACGCCAAUUGAUCAAUUACCACAGGCUUAAAAUUGUUAAGAAGAAAAGAAAAAAGUAUUAUCGUUACUAGAUUUCAUUUAGGUUGUUUUAAUAAUUUGUAGAGAACAGCAUUUUUUGCAUACAAAACCAAUUUGUAAUCACACUCUAUGUACAAAUAACAUUAAAAAAAAUGUUGCAAGUCUUGGAAUAGUGAAAAGAAAAUAUUUUUGAUUCAUUUGUAAUGUAAUAUGAAACUGAUGAAAUCCCAUAUAAUGCUGUGAUUGUAUGACUAUUUUUGUACCAAGUUUCAUAUUAUAAAAAUAAAUAUUUUUAUAAAUUACAAAAUCAAUGAAUAACCUUUGAUAUUUAUCCCAUUUUUCCAUUUUCAAUGUUUUAUAAGCCAUAUUUCCAGUAUCUUUGUAAAAACUCAUCACACAAAUAGUCAUCGGAUCCGAAGAUUAUUUCAAUAUUUGAAUGAAAUUCAACAAAUUCGUCAAAUAUGCAAAGCCAAUGCGCCCAACACAUCGUAGUCUGACAAAUACACUGAACUAUCAAAAAAAGAUGUGAGCAUUGGCCAAGUAUCGCGAGAAAUUAAUUUUUAUUUUCGUGACUCUAAAAUAUUUAUCCAGCACCUAUCAAGUAUAAUUGUUCUUGUUCCGGAUUGUGAAUGAAUCGACGAGGCAAACACCGUUUAAAUUGUAAAUAAUGUAAAUAGUACCGUUAGUUUUAAGUUUUGUUAUUGUAGUAUGUAAGAGUUAUUGUAGUAUAUAAGUCAGUCGUCAAGAGAACGCUCAACUGGUAGUCUCGUGUUCAAAUAUCAAUAAAGUAGUAACGGUUUAUUCUCAACUCAGAGUUUCUUUCGAAAGUCGAUCAAUUUUCCCUUCAUCUCCUCGCAUCAUCUCGAACAUUUUGGUCCUUCGGA